UUUUGGAGAAAAGUGAAAAAUUGUAACCAAAAAAAUGGUUCCAAUAUCGUUGAUAGUUCUGUUUGUGUGGUUUUCAAAAUUGAUUUUAAUCAAAGCCAAUAGUGAAGUGUUCAAUCAGUGCAUUCGAGCUCCGAAACCCAAUGUCAUAAAAUGUAUUGGACAACAAACAAUAUCGUCGCUACACAAUCUUGACAAAAUGGAUAAUUUUACAAUUGUCAAUGGAUUGGAAAUGCGACGACCGGAUGAUGGUAGACAAAGAAGUUUGACGGAAUUUUUCGUUGAAGAUCCAACAGAUUUUCGAGGCAUUUUGGAGAACGCCGGAACCAUAGUAGGGCAGCGAUCUUUGCAAUGGGACUUGGGUAUGAUUGAGCCUGGUUUGUGUUUGCGUGUCGGACCAACAUCUGAUGCUAAUAGUGUUUUGGAAUUUGUCAUGGAUCCGCAUCAAGAUCGCGACGAUAGAUAUUCAAUAGACGAACCGUCAACAGCCCGAAUUUUAACAAGACAAUUUGUGUUGCCAUUUUUGUUGGGCAUAAAAUUCAAUUUGAUGACAAUUUUACCUUUACUAUUUGCUGGAAUAAUUUUGUUAUUGAAGAAAGCGGUGUUUUUGGGUAAAUUUGCAAUGUUCAUCACUGGAUUGCUUGGUUUUGGAAAUUUGCUGUCAAUUGGUCAAUUUAGUGGAGUAAACCAUUAUCAAACACCGCAUCGGCCGUCGUUUGGUUUCGGCGGCGGCGGUGGUCACCAUCAUCAUCAGCAUGGAACAUUCGGAGACACAUUUGGCGGAGCCGGUGGAUUGAGCGGAGGCUAUUAUAAAUCAUCUGGUGCCCCAGUGUCAUUCAAUGAAUUCGUGACCACCGAAAAAGAUCCACAAUAUGCCGAUCAAUUUUAUAAUUUUGAAAAGAAAAUCUUGCAAAAUAAAUCGGAAAAAGUGUUUGAAAAAGAUCAAAAAGUACCGAUUGCUGAACAAUCCGGUCGAGCAAACACGUAUCGAAAUUUCGUGUGGCAAUCCAGUUAAGAUGUUCAGUUUUGCAACAAAACGUUUAUGUUUAUUUAAAACGAUAUUAUUCAUAAGUUUUUUUUGUUUGUAAAUGUAUUAUUUCUUAGCAAAAGUGAUAUGCACUGAAGUGUGCACGUAAAACCAGAGAAAAAACAUUCAUGAAUCCAUUAGAGUUUUGACAAGAGAAUUUAUAAUAUAUAGUUUUUACUUUGUAAGAAGAUGAAAUGAUGUUUUUAAACACGAAAGCUCCAUUAAUUAUGCUGGUAAUGUGUAGCUGAAACAUGUAAUCGCUUAACAUUUGCAACAAAAUAUGCAUUUUUAAGUGAAUUUGUUUUUCACUAAACGAAGGCAUUUGAAUGAAAUAUAGGCACACAUGCUGUGGCAAUGAAUGAAAGAAAAUUGAAAGAGACAAAGAGUUUAAG